AUGUCGUCGAAGGACUCUAAAGAACCCUUGCUCGGUACAAUCGCCAGCCUCCACGAAAGCGGCGCAUACUCAGAUUUCAAGAUCGUAUGUGGACCAGAAACUUACAACGUCCACAGGAACAUCGUCUGCCCUCAGUCAGAUUUCUUCCGCGCGGCUUGUCGCCCACACACUUUCCGGGAAGGCAAGACUGGCAUCGUAACGAUUCCUGCGAAUGCUGGACGUGACAUGGGUGCCCUGAGUUCUCCCCUCGCUCCUGAAGAAUUCUCUUGGGACCUGGACGUCGAAGAUGUCAAGACCAUCAAAGCUAUGAUUCAUUACUUCUACCACCAUGACUACCCUUCCGACAAGCCAACUCACGUCGACCACGCUAAGUUGACGUCAGCAAACAUUGCCAAAGGCGUCCUGGCCGAACAUGCGAAGAUGUAUGCGAUAGGUGAGAAGUACGGAAUAGCUGGACUGAAAGGUCUGGCUGCAAAAAGAUUUGGUGAAGAUUUCCAGAACACAUUUGCAGGGCUCGGCACCGCUAUAGUCAUUGCAUUCAAGAGUACUCCAGAGACUGAUCAGACCUUGCGCAAGCUGAUCGUCGACAAGCUGUGCUCUUAUCGCUGGGUGGCAGCAAAUGGAGUGGUGGAUGAGGCGGUCGAGCAGAUCCCAGAGCUUGUCCAUAGUCUCUACCGCAGACUUCUGGGGCAGACUGGGACUAGCAGAUAA